UUGGCUAGGGUUCUCUUCACCAUAUAAAAAAAAUAAAAAAAAUAGAAAUCAACAUCAAGCAGUUGACAUAAGCAAAGUAGCUAGCAUAGCAACAGAGAGGCAGAGGCCUCAACUCAUAAAUAUCCAUCCAUCAUUCAUCAGAGAGAGAGAAAUAGGUUAGGGACCAAAGCAAAGCAAAGAGAGAAAAAUAGAAGAAAGAGAGAUCAAAUAUUCAUUUUCAUAAUGGUGAGAGACAUGAUGGGCACAACAACAACAACAUCAUCAGGAGGGUGUGGUGGGGGAGGAGACAUGAAUAUGAAUAUGAAUGAGAAGCCUGCAUGGCUAGAGAGGUUGAUGGCUGAGACAUUCUUUGGUGCUUGUGGGGUCCACCAGGAUCGCAGGAAGAACGAGAAGAACGUCUUUUGCUUGCACUGUUGCCUUAGCAUCUGCCCCCACUGCCUCUCUUCCCACCGCUCUCACCCUCUCCUCCAGGUGCGAAGGUAUGUUUACCACGACGUGAUUCGAUUAGAUGAUCUGGAAAAACUCAUUGAUUGUUCCAAUAUUCAGCCCUAUACUAUAAACAGCGCCAAAGUAAUAUUCUUAAAUCAGAGGCCACAAUCAAGGACAUGCAAAGGUCCUGCCAACUCUUGCUUCACCUGUGACAGGAUUCUUCAGGAGCCAUUCCAUUUCUGUUCUCUAUCAUGCAAGGUUGAUUACAUGGUGUACGCGGGUCAAAGCUUGGGCAGCAUUUUACAUCGAUUCGACGAAUCUGAUUUUGCAAUUUCGCAGUUCGAGGGUCUAAGAGUGGAUGGCUCAGAGGUAACUGAUGAAGAUACCCAAAUUGCCCCUAGUUCUUCUUAUUCCAACACUGAGGCCACCAGCAAUUCCGUAAUUUCAUGCGAACCUAAUAACAACGUGAAGAAGGGCAAGGCCAACAGGUUCCUCCCUGGGAUCGUCCUGUCUCUUGGCAGCAGAAGAAAGGGUGCCCCUCAUAGGGCCCCUCUCUCCUAAAUAUGAUGAUUAUUAUUAUUAUAAUUAUAAUAAAAGCGGUGAAUUUUUAAUUAAUAAUAUAUUAUUAUUAAUUAGUAUAAAGUUAUGACGACCAAAAUAAAAAAUUUGAGUUUUAAUUAUAAUUUGUGAUAUAUGUAUGGGGAAGAAAAAACUAUAUGUAAUAUGUGCUUUUCUUUUCUAGAUUUCCUUUAAGGGCGUGGUUAGUUUUAAGAGCUUUUUUAUGAAUGAAAUUAUGGUAUUUAAAUCAUGCAUAGUUAGGAUUUUCCAUUGACAUCUUUGGCGGUUGUUGAAACCACCGAUUUUGUAUUGGGUGCUAAUGGAAAUUUGGCUUAUGCAUUGUUUACGAUAUGUAUUGUUGUAUAAAUGGAAAAAUACAAUUCCCCCCCUUGUCUUAUAUUUGCCGUGUUUGGUUUGCUUUUUAGUUUGGAGUCUUCAAUUAUAAUUUGGAUGAAAGUAUUAGAGAA